CUUCUGCGUUCACGGGGCGCGGAACUACGCGACGAAGACCCUGGUCGGGGCUGAUGACGUCACCCCCAGAUUUUGGGGGUAAACGUACAAUUUUACCAUGGGUCGGGAGGUAAAGUAACAUGCUUGUCACUUUAGGAAAUUUCCAAAUAUUUUAUGUUUUGUUUUCAAUAAAAAGCUAUUUAUAUUGCGCCAAAAUAUGGAGUAAAAAGUCGCAAGAGUUCACAGGAAAGCAUCAUGUAUUAUGUAUCGAGUCUCAUAUUGCAUACAAUGCGUCGAAUAAAGCUCGAAUUUCAAAGAGCACGCUCGAAACCGCUCAGUUUAAUCGAGUCGAUGGCUAGCAAAGACACGCCGAAAAAAUUUUACAAGAAACAAACCGAUUCGACUGGUAGUAUUUCUCGCUGUAGACUGUGUAACUCUGUUACUAACCCGAAACACUGCAGGAAUUUGUUUCGUUCUCAAAAUCAGGCGGUUCUACGCAACGCCGAGCGUAUUUAUGGUGGUAAAUUGCCACAAAACGAUAGCCUUCCUCACCUAAUUUGCGCGCCUUGUGAUCGGAGACUAACCAACGCGGUAAAGUUCAAGACCGUUAUCGAGGAAACUCAGCGCGUGUUACAAGAAUCUAUCCGAGCAAAACGUUGUGUUGAUGUAUCGCCUUCGGUCAAUAAACCGCCUGCUAAAGUUCAUUUAGUUGGAACUCCGCGACGUCGCAGCAUCGACUUUAACAUCAGCCAAGGUGAAUCAGAGUCGAGUCUCACUUCAUCGCCACCACCUUUAACUAGUGAUGAUCAAAUCUUAGCUGUGGCAAACAAAGAACUGAUUCAUGUUGCCAGAAGGAGUCAGCCAUCUGUCCUUAGACAAAGAGGCUUUGAUGGAAUGUCUGCAGACACCUGGAUGUCAGAGGUGCUAGGAGAGUUGUCAACAAGAUGUCCAACUGUGAACAACAUCCUAUGUACUCUGUUGGAAAGCUCCCUAUAUCCUGCAAAGAAGAAUCCUGCUAUCUGCCUUAUUUAUGGCAUUAUUAACUUCCUGCGGUGCCAUGAAUCAAGCAGAAUUCAACGCAUUAAUUCAGUUUUGCUAAUAGAAGGCCAGGCAUCUGUAAAUCUGAUUGCCUGUCUACAUAAAUAUGGCUUAUGCCUGGAGCCGAAAAUGAAAUACCCAAUUCUGGAAGACAUUGGCAAGCACUUCAUCGACCAAGCAGCAGAAUUAGUUAAAAGUGGACUUUCCUUUGUUUAUGUUUUGGACAAUAUUGAUUGGGAAGAGAAAGCCCAUGAUAUGAGGCAGGAUGUCCAAAACCGAAGUGUCCAUGCUGUGGCAACAAGUAUUGUGUUCAACCGGGUUCCUGAUAAGGGAUUGCUUGAUUCUGGUCCACAGCAAUUUCUGAAAGAUUGCGAUGUCCAUCAACUUGUGGAAAUCAAUCAACUAGAAUCUGAUGCAAUUCGGAACCGGUACAAAAUACUUGUUGCCAACAUUUUGUUUGAUCAGUUCCCUGCUUUUGCAAUGUUCAGAGACUAUAUACCUGCGAGAACUAACUGUGAGUAUGAAAAGGAGAUGGCAAGAAAGUCAGAAGUCUUAACAAUGCCUGUAGUGAUGAAAGACGAAAAAAAGUAUUCUGACUGUGUUGAUGUCUUGGAUCAACUUGAAAAGUGGACACACGAGAUCUAUGCAGCAGCUGGACUAUGUUCCCUAGACCCUGAUACAUUGGAAGAUGUUACUCCCACAAUUGGAACCACAUCCAGGCCUGACCAACCUGCUUCUCAUGUCCCACCAGUUUAUUCUAACAGCGAUCCAUUGCAUGGGGUGAAAAUCCCAUGUUUUGGUGAUCAACUCACAAGGGUUCGAUUUGCUGGGGCAAAAGAUCUAAGAGCUGGGUGCCAUUCCGCAAGGCAGAGGUUGGACCAUUUAUACCCUUUCUGCAUUGUCGACUGGCAUACAAAGAGAAGUUUUUUGAAGACAAUUUUCAAAAAGCUGUACAAGAAUUCAGGAAGAGAAAGGGGAACACUUCGCUUUUUUAGAGAGAAGUUAAAUCGCAGAAAUGUGACGGUUGACGUUAAACACUAUGAGGACUGUGAGCAGCUGUUCUUCAGUGUUGGUAAGUGCUUUGUUAUCGAAGCCCUAUUGGAAUUUUUCCAAAUGGAUGAUGCAAAGUGCAAACCAACAGUGAACGGUCCUCAUAGUGUUUACGUCUUAGAAGAAAGCUACAUGAAGACUUACAUCAAUGAGACUCUGGACAAGUUUCUCGAUGAAUAUAUUUUCCAUGGGGAAAUUGAGGUGACCGAUGGUGUUUGGUGCUAUGGUGUCAACAUUCUUAAAUCUUUCAUGUUGCUUGCUGAUUUCAAGAAUGCUGUUUCCUCUGGCAAUGGUGAAUACAUUUCAAUCCUUAGGAAGCAGCUGUUGACCCAUUUCUUUGCAACACCGGGAUUUAAUGAAUUUGCCAUUGAAAUGUUGAUCAACAUCUUCCAGGGUGAGGUGUUAUUGUCGGAAGCUGAGGCUCAUCGCUGCAAAUGGGCUGCCACAGUUAACUGGAGAGGUGGCAUUGGUCGCAACAUUGAGAUUGAUCUCUUUCAGGAGAAUAGAAACUGCGAGAUGAAGAAGUUGAUCAGGUCAAUGGGUGCCAACAAGACAGAGAGAGCAAUUGAGAGAGCAAGUAAAGCAUCUGGAGGUGUUGCGAAGAUUGUUGAAGCAUUUGAAGAGCAGGUGAAUAUUUCCAAAAAAUCAGGAUCCCACACCCACAAAUCAUCCACUGAGGAUGAGAAAGUUAUUAGUAGGGACUUGAGAGGCUUAAGGCCUUUUAAGGAAGAAGAUGGUCGAUCAUUUGAGAGCUUUGAUGGCAUCUCACAUGAUCCAACCCAUUCAUUGGAUGAAAUUAAAUUUAAGGAAUGGAUUGAUCGCCACAAGAAAAACAUUGCAAUGCAUUAUCCAGUUGAACAAUCUAGUCAGGAUGAGUGAACUGCUUGAAAGAGAAUUGUUUCAAAUUAGAAUGUUUGUUUAACCCAUGACUGGUGAAGUGCCCUGUGACCAUUUAUAUAUAUAUAUAUAUAUAUAUAUAUA